GGUGUGGUUGUAGUGGCUGUGGCUUGAUGAACCCCCAGCGGCUCAUUAUCCUCCAAUUGGUGAAUCAGAAAUAAGCAGGAUUAGAUGUCCUCCCAUAUUUCUGCCAUCCCUCUGCCCACCAUAUCGGCGGCCCACCGCCCACGUCACGGGGGAAGGAACACCAACUCCAAAAUAUCUCCUCCUCCUCAGCUUAAACUGAAGCAGACCAACGCUAAAAGAUCUCCUCCUUCUGAGCGCUCCUCCGGGUUUGGCUCGAAGCGGCCGGAGCAGCUAUGGCGGUGCGUGGAAGGCUGCGGUGCUUGUUGCAAGUUGGCCAAGGGCCCUUCCUUCGCCACUCCUGAAGAAAUAUUUACCGACCCUGCCGACAUUGAGCUGUACAAAAGCUUAAUUGGAACAGAUGGAUGGUGUAUACACUACGACAAAGGCACCCGCAAAUGUUCUAUUUACAAUGACCGGCCUUACUUCUGCCGAGUGGAGGAACAAGUAUUUCUGUCGCUUUAUGCCAUUGCUAAGAAGAAAUUCAACAAUGUGGCUUGCAAUUCUUGCAGGGACACCAUUAAGUCUGUCUACGGUCCUCAUUCCAAGGAGUUGGAUACUUUCAAUGCUAACUCUACUUAGUUCAAUGACGGGGUUGUCAUAUGAACUGCCAGCAUUCUAAACUAACUCAAAUGUAAGCUUGCUACUUUUGGUUGUAUAAUCACCAUUUUUAUCCUUGUUUUGAUAAUUAGAGAACAAAACGAUAAUUUGGUCCCAAUAGAAAUGUAUGAAAUGGUAAGUGCUCCAACAUUUAUGUAUCUUCUGACACAUGGAAUAUUACAGUAGAAUAAUAAAAAGGGAGGAACCAAAUUGGAGCUGCCUUUUGGUGAUCCUAAAUGAAAAAGAUGCUCUCUUUGGAUUAAGUUGCCCCCGUCCUUUUUUAUGUUCCUCUUUUUCUCCCAAAAGGGGUGCUGCAAAAGUUCCUCUAUGCACCGAAAGAAUUGAUAGGUUAGAAUGGAAUCUCAUCGAGCAAAUGGGCGGUGCUACAUUGAGAAACAUCCAGAUACAACUCCUAGACACCCAGUUCUUUUCUCUACUCCUUGACCUCUAUUAUAUAAUACUCAUCUCCUCUCAAUUCUGUCCUUGUAAGUGUCUGGCGAUGACUUGUACCGCUAUGUUUUCUCAUAAUCUUGAUCUUGAUGACACCAAUGAAGACUUUCAUCCAUUUCUGGAGGCCAUAGGUUACUUUUGUGAUGCAUCAGAUGCUUUUUCUCUUAAUCAAGAGAGUGCCAUUCAGGACUCGCUGUAUGCAAAAUAUGAAAUCUGCUCUCUAGAUAGCCCCUACCAUCAUGGCCAUCACGGAUUUAACAGCUGGAGGAAUUGGGAUGGGGAGUACGAUUCUUGCUUUGCAUUCACUCCCUACAUGGACGAUAGCUCUUUUUCCAGUCACACCGGAGGCCAUGUUGAUGAAUCGCAGAAGACAGAAGAUUGGUUCAAAAAUGAAGAACAUACAAACAACUAUUAUAGUGCAGAGAGCUCGGUCUCUACGGAUGAUUGCCUUUGGUCUGGCUAUGAAUCUUGGUUUAAAUAUGAGAUGGAGGACGAUUCCUAUUACUGUGCCAGGCAAAGGCCCUCUACUAGCUGCAAUAUGGAUGAACUGGGAGUUUGCGAAGGUAUUUUGGGUUACUGGCCAUGUUUGACCAGAAACUCAAUGACUUGUGGUGAACAAAAUGUCUGAAAUCAGAUAUGCUAAAAAGGUGAAGAGAUGAUAAAGGCGGUCAGGCAGGCAAUGCUUUAAGAGCCUUUUUCCUGCCUAUAACCAGAAGCCUGAGAAUUUAGUUAGCUUGUUUGAGUGCAAAAUGUGUUCUAGACUCUUGUUCUGCAAUGUACUGAUUGUUAUACUACUUGAGAAGUUAGUUUUACAUA